UCUCAUUCACCCUCUUCGCCGUCAUGGCAAAGGCCGGUAACAUCCCUGGUGAAUACAGUGGUGAAGCCUUCGGUGGUCACGGAGCAGUCGGCAUUGGGUUAGGAGGUGGCUACGCUGGACGUGGCUACGUCGCCGGCGGUGGUGGCGGUUAUUAUGGUGGAGGUUACAGAGCCUACGAAGACAACCGGCCAAGGCCGUACAGUUUCGGCUACGUCGCUCAGGCGUUGGGCGGUUCCAGCUCUCGCCAAGAGGUAGGCGAUGGAAAUGGUGCUGUCCAGGGAAUGUACACCAUCACCACGGCGGAAGGCGGCCAGCGCAAGGUCAAGUACACGGCCGACGCAGCAGGCUUCCGUGCCGUGGUCGACACCAACGAGCCCGGCACGCAGAGUGAGAGUCCAGCUGACGUGGCCCUAAGGUCGUCCUCCCCGCCGGCUUACGUGCUCGCAGCCAAGUACGGCCCGACUGGGUCGUCGUACGGCGGCAUCAGGCCGCGCGUUGUUUACGACGGCGUCGGGGCCCUGUACGGAGGGGGAGCUUCUGGUUUCUACGGAGGGGUCGGCAGCCGAGGCGUGGGACUGCUCAGCAAGCACGGCGGAUGGCACUAGUGCACCGGUCUUUUACGUGCAUUCUCUCUCUACCUGUAUCCUGGUUUUUGAGACAAUGGUGUCAGUAUGCACACUUCCGCUGUGGGAUCAUCCUUCACUCUCGGUGUCGUAGUCGUCUGCUUGCUGUUGACACCAGGUUCGCUGGACGCUGUGGCUGCUUGAGGUGGUGGGGAA